AAAUUUAUGAUUUAAAAUAAAGACGUAAUGCAAGAGCAUUAUUAAGCAAAAAUUUUGAUAUAAAAGCCCAAAUUUGACCCACAGAGUACAUCGACUUUUCUCCUUAGUCACCGACAACAAUUAAAAUGAAAUUCGUGUUAGCAUUGACUCUUGCUCUAGUAGCACAUGCAUCUGCUUGGAACUCUGGUGUCCACAUCUCCAACCUUCCGUUGGACAUAGAGAUUUCCAACUUGCCCAUGCAUGACAAAGUGGAAAUCUCCCACUUACCUGCUGAAAUUGAUAAUGAAAAAAUCGAAGCGUCUCACUUACCAGUAGAAAUUGAAUCUGAGAAAGUUGACCCAUCUCAUCUCCCUGCUGAUAUCGAAGCUGAAAAAGUCGAUCCCUCUCAUCUGCCUGCUGAUAUCGAAACUGAAAAAGUAGAUCCUUCUCAUCUGCCUGCUGAUAUUGAAGCUGAAGAAGUUGAUCCCUCCCAUCUGCCUGCUGAGAUUGAAAUUGAAGAAUUAGACCCAUCCCAUCUUCCCGCUGAGCCUGAAGACUCCACCGACUUGCCCGACCAAGAAGUUGGAAGCGCCGUUGAUGUGUGUGAUGCAUGCUUCGCUAAGAUUGCUAUCUUGAUUGAAAACUUGCAAAAUAGCUUUUAAAUGAAGCAAAAACUGAUUCUGUUAAAGAAUAAAUUUAGAUAAUCUGGUAAUAA